AUGUCUCCUACUAUCGUCCUCAUCACCGGUGCCAACCGCGGUAUUGGAAGAGGUCUCUUGGAGCGUUACAUAGCCAAGCCAAACCACACUGUUAUUGCUGCAAACCGCGACCCUAAGCACUCGGCUUCGACGGAGCUGCUAGCUCUCCCGACAGCGGAGGGUACAACUGUGAAAGUGGUAAAGCUAGAUGUCACCUCUGAAACGGAUGGGGAGAAUGCAGCUCGAGAACUCAAAGAGUUGGGAAUUAAUCACGUCGAUAUCCUCAUCGCCAAUGCCGCAAUCGGUUACGUGUUUCCUAAGCUUGAAAUGGCACGGCUGGACGAUAUCAGGACACAUUUCGAGACAAAUGUGAUUGGAUUCGCCCGUACGUAUCAGGCUUUUUUCCCUUUCCUGCAGACGGCAAGGGACCGUCACCCUAAACUGGUGACAAUUGGCUCGAUUAGUAGGAACACGUAUCCGGCGCCAAAUUCUGCAUACGGUGCCACGAAGGUUGUGCAACAUUGGUAUACAAGGUCAAUUGCGCUCCAGGAACCGUGGCUUACAGCCUUUCCAAUUGAUCCAGGCUUUGUUCAGAGUGAUUUGGGCAACUUCGGCGCCAGUUUCAUUGGACUUGAAAAGGCGCCUACCACUAUCGAAGAUAGCACGCGGGCGGUUGUUGAGGUUAUAGAUGCGUCAACUAGAGAAACGCAUUCUGGGAGGCUAUGGAAGUGGACUGGAGAAGAGGAGCCGUGGUAA